AUUCAACUUAAAAAUAUAUAAAAAAAAGUAGUCAAUAUUUUGUUUCGUAAAGUUUGUUUUCAACUACAAAUACUAAAAUGGCGUCAGACGCUGCGGAUAGUGCUGUAAUAUUACAAUGGCUCUUGUGCUUAGUGACGGCCUGUUCCACAGACCAGAGCUAUGGUACAGUUAUAAAUACAUGUAUACUAUAGGUAGAUCUAAAAGCAUUAGGAUAACUAACUCGAGAAAAAAGUAACAUUUUCAUCUAAGCCUCUCCUUUUCUCAAGAAGUAAAUAGAUUGUGUGUCUGAGACUACGUGUAGUCGGUUAUGACAAGACAACCAAGCGAAAGUGUGUGUUGAGUGGUCUGGCAAGAAAAUACAGACUGCCGUGGUUAGUCAAGCAUUCUACCAACAGAACAACGGUACAUGGAUCUUUUAGAACAGACAGCUAGUUUUAAUACUCGCCUGUCGCUUGAAAGAAAGAUGAGACUUCCAUUUUUAGACUCACAAACAGGAGUUGCUCAGAGGCAUACAAAUCUCUUUCAUCCUUACAGACACAGACAACCUGGUCUCAUAGAAGGGCAGUUGUAUACCUAUCCAGCUAAACGGUGGAAGAAAAAGAAAAGAUCUUUUUUUCUCUCAGAUCGUAGAGUUGGUGCCCAUGGUGAACAUGAAGCUGGGGAUGCUGGUAAACAAUAUAUGCAUCAGAUUAGUGCUAUUGAGAAUCCUGCUCAUCGAUUGGAUGAGCAUGAUUUUGAACACAUAGAAACGAAUGAUGGUUGGUAUGAUGAUGUAGAUGACUUUGGUGAGCCUCCAGAUGAUGGAGCUAUGGUGGACGACCAGUCAGAUAUAAGUGAUUUUGAAGAUUCACUAAAAGGAAGAAAGCGCAAAAAAGCUCCUGCUAAAGGAAGGAAGAAAAAAACGGAAGAUCACAGUAAAGAACUACUGAGUCCUGAAGACAAAGAGAAACCAUAUGCUUGUGAAGCUUGUGGGGCCCGCUACAAAACGCGGCCAGGGUUGGCAUACCACUACUCUCACUUCCACAACGGCAUGAUGGAUGAAGAGAGUAGGACGCCGUCGCCAAAACCGCAGAGCCGUGCAAACUCAGAGUAUAUUCCAAAAGCUACUAAACGAACAAGGGGUGAUACGUCAUCUAAUGGGAAAGCAAGUAAGUCCUCACCAGCUAAUGGGAACAAAGUGUCAGCCAAUAACUAUUGUGACUUUUGCUUGGGAGAUGCUACAGAGAACAAGAAAACAAAAGUGGCUGAGGAGUUAGUCUCAUGCAGUGAUUGUGGUCGCUCAGGUCAUCCAUCCUGCCUGCAAUUCACAGAUAACAUGAUCAUAUCAGUUAAGAAAUAUCCCUGGCAAUGUAUUGAAUGCAAGUCCUGUGGUCUCUGUGGAACUUCUGACAAUGAUGACCAACUGUUGUUUUGUGAUGACUGUGACCGAGGAUAUCACAUGUAUUGUCUCAACCCACCCCUCUCAGAGCCUCCUGAAGGAAGCUGGAGCUGUCAUCUCUGUAUUGAAGAAUUUCAUGGUGGCAAGAAACCAGCUGGGAUGAAUUAAUCUGUUAGAUUAAUUAUAAAACAUUUUACAUUGUUAACUGAAUGACCUGAUAUCUGACAUGCUAGAUUACCAAUUUGAUCAGGGAUGACUAACCUAUAAGAAAAAGCGUCAUUCAUUAAUCACAAAAUUAAAGUGAAAAACUACUGCAUUUAAAAUUUGUCAUGUUUUCUGUAAAUAUAUAUUUUUUUAAAUGUUGUUUUGAGUAAUUAUUGCUUAUAUUAGACUUUUUAAAUAUCUGGGCUUGUACUAUUUAUAAAUAUUGUACAUAUGUCUCAAUUGUUUUUCUUCAGAAUAGCAUAUUAACUUCACUUUUUAUUUUGUAUAGUAAAAUUAAAUCAAACAUGAACAACAGUUCUUUAUGUUGAGACCUGAAUGCAUCACUGAAGAUGUGUCAGUUUGCAUUGGUUCCAUUUUUUAAAUUUCAUUCUUUCCAUUCUUAAAAUUUUAAAUUUAAAAUGAUUUUGCUAUGCAGAAUGGCGUUCUCAUUAAGAUGCUGUAAGUGCUAUAAGAAAUUGACAACAUAAUUGCUCUUUGAACCAUAAAUAUUGUUUUACUAAUAAGGAAAACAUUGAUGUGUGAUGUAGGAGCACCAAAAAAUUGUAUUUCCCCAGAUGAAAGCUGCCAACUGUUUGCAGGAGUUGUAGAUUGUGUUAAUGUAGAUACUGGUUGCAUUUUUCUUGAUUUUGAAACCAACACAAAAUUUUGACUUUUUGUUGAUAUAUAUAACAUUUUAAAGAAAAACAGCAUUACAAAAAUUCAAAUGUCUUUAAAUUUGAUUUUCAAGUGCUUUCCAACUUGUUUAGACAAUUGAUUCAGAUUUAUCUAUUUUUACUUCCUACAUUUGAGGAAGGAGGAUAUGCAGAAAUCGUUGCACCAAAAUAGCUUCACUUCACAAUUAAAAGUAAAAAUUUUUUUUUUAUGUCUGGACAGAAUAAACAAAAAUAAUCUUUACAACUGUUCUUCUCUUUAUGUAGCUAAAAUGUUCCUGAAAAUAUUGUGUAUGCUGUGAACAUUUUUGAUGUUAUACAGUUUAAUUUGUACUAUUUUACUAUUACUCAAUAGUAAUUAAGUAUUAGAACUAGACUACUAAUGGAAGUUUUCUUCUAGAAACCAUUUUUGUUUAGAUGUACAUAUCAAAGUAAAUUUGAGUUGCUCAAGGAACCUUUGUCACUGAUUUAGUUAGAACUAAAUAAUCUGCAUCAUUAUUCCAAUUCAUUUAUCAAGGUUGUGCUUAGUAAAAGGGACAAAAUUACUUGUAACUAUUUUAAAUGUUUUCUGAGAUGUUCUCUAUGAAUAAAAAGACAAAACAAAAACAUCAGUAGUUGU